CCUACGCACAGCACGUAACCAAUCACUAUAGUCUCAUUCGGAAGACAUGAUGUGUAGCAGUCAGGUGGGAGGGCGGUCGCUCUUCCCGUUGCUCUUUUAUCUUGCGCGCCCUCUUCCUUACUCAGUCCUAAAGGCGGCGAACGUAUGCAACACAGCUUCCUUCUACCGUAUUUUCCUCAUAACAACAACCCUGUGAGAAUCACCCUUCUUACAACGAAUCUUAAAUUCUUCUUAAAAUGUCUGUCAAUAGUAAAAUAACUCAACUAAUGAAUAAAGUACCUGGAAAGAAGCGGUUUGGUAUAUACAGAUUUCUUCCUUUCUACUUUGUUCUUGGUGGUGCUAUAGAAUGGUUUAUGAUUAAUGUUUCAGUUGGCAAUCAGACCUUUUAUGACGUUUACCGUAGAAAACAGACUGAGCAAUAUUACCAGAAGUUGGAAGAAAAGUGAAUUCAGCACUGAAUUAUCUGUACAUAAUGGAUUCUAAAUUAAUAAAUUUGUUUCAAAGUUUGCUUAAAAUAAGACUGAA